AUGGCCCCCCCGCCACCCUAUGCGAUUGCGACCGGCGCCCAACAUGUUCCUUCAACAAUCGCCGCAGCCGUCGUAGCAACAGCAUCAGCAGCAGCAACCAUGAUACCCAUCGCGACCCCGACAGAGACCCUCGUGGGUGCCCUCACUACGGCUGCCGCCGCCGCGACUGCGACCACCACUGCAAACGCCGCCACAACACACGGAGAAGAUGGUGGCAGCGGCGAGUGCAGCCUGCUCGGCUCCUUCGCCCUCAUCGUUCAGGCCGCUCUCGGCGCUCUCGCCCUGCUAUCUCUCGUUUUCAAGCGGUGGAGAGAGAGGCCGCAGCGCCCUGUCAAGAUUUGGUUCUUCGACGUGUCGAAGCAGGUGUUUGGUUCUGUCUUGGUGCACAUCGCCAACAUCUUCAUGUCCAUGUUGACGUCCGGACGCUUCUCCGUGACGCUCGACCCUACUACAACGUCCAACGUGCGGAGGCUGGUCACUCGAAACGAGGAUUAUGUUCCGAACCCGUGCUCGUUCUACCUACUCAACCUUGCAAUCGACACCACGAUCGGUAUCCCUAUCCUCAUCGUACUCCUUCGAGUUCUGACCGGUCUCGUCUCAUAUACCCCUCUGGGCAAGCCCGAAGAGUCGAUCCGGUCCGGCAACUAUGGCAGCCCUCCCAACGCCUGGUGGUGGUUGAAACAGUCAUUCAUCUACUUUUGCGGCCUCUUCGGCAUGAAGUUCUGCGUCCUGAUUAUCUUCCUCUUGCUGCCGUGGAUCUCGCGCGUCGGCGACUGGGCUCUGCGGUGGACCGAGGGCAACGAGCAGCUGCAGAUUUUCUUUGUCAUGAUGUUCUUCCCACUCGUCAUGAACGCCAUGCAGUAUUAUAUUAUCGACUCCUUCAUCAAGCAGCCCCAUCACGAGCACGAGCGGCUGCCGGAGGACGAUCCCGACUGGAGCGCAAGGAACGCGGGUGGUAGCCCGUACGACGACGCUGAGUCGGCGAGCGAAGAUGGCGCGGGCUCGGACGACGGCGCGAGUCUCAAGUUGAAGAACGCAAAGCAUGCAGAUGAUGCCGAGUACGACCCGGACGUCGAUGGCGACGUGCCGACAGUUAUUGGCAGCAGUUCCAGCCGGUCGAAUCACCAGAGGAAGGAUAGGGACAUUUCGGCGGAACUCUUUCCCAAGGAGUAA